AGCGGCGGAGCGCGGGUCGCGGUGCUUGGCUCUGCGCUGUUUACCUGUCGGUGCCACUGCUCGCCUUACGUCCACUCGACCAAGAGAGCGAUCAGCUUCCUAAGAGCGUAGCAAGGCUCUACGUUGCGAAUAAAAAGGAUCGGAAAACGUGACUACUUUUACCACUAGCUAAUCCUUUUGCCUUUAGGAAGAAGCCGUUGGUGCCGCAGAAAUAGCGAAAAGAUGUCGGCGAUGUUGCGCAUGCUGACUCGGGGCAGACCCGCCGGGACAGCCGCCCUUCGGAGAGCCUGCCUUGGGCCAUCUUUCGCUCGCCCCGCCCAUGUCACGCGCUCGUCGCCCUGCACCGCCUCCGUCAACAUCGAGGACAUCGGCAAACAAUGCAGCUUCACGGAGAGUCUAGCUGAACAGUUGAACUUCGGCAACCACGCCUUCGCCUACAGCCACAAAACAAGCAAGGAGCUCCUCAGGGGCCUCGUGGUGCUUCACGCAUGUGCCGUAGACGCGCUCGUCAACCACAGCUAUAAGUUGUUAACAUUUGGAGAGCGAAUGCUUGGGGAGAAACUACUCGGCUACGCAGUUGCGCCGUUCUACAACCAGUUCGUGGCGGGAGACAGCGAGGAGGAAAUGGCAGUCGUGAGCAGGAGCCUCGCCAGCGUCGGCGUUAGGCUGAUGGUGGCACCUAUGCUGGAGACCGACGUGGGCGAGGGCCACGACCUAGAAGUCAUGUACAGGAAGAACCUGGACAAAACACUGCACCUUAUCGACGUGAGUAGAAGAAACAGUGUGCUACAGGAUUCGCGACCCAUCUGUCAGACCAAAAUGACCGCGCACCUCUCGGCUGAUAUCCUGGCGCGUGUCUCGGCGGCAUACGAAGCCCUGAGUGAAGGAGGCCGUCUGGAGGCCGUGAGGGCGCUGGCGGAGGCCAUGCAGGAGGCUGGCGAAGGCAGCAGCCGGACUCUCUCACCUCUCACACAUCCCCUCGAUCCCCUUUCCCUCAGUCCCAAGGACGUCCAAGAGGUCCUGGACUCUCUGCCUCGGAUCUAUAAACUGGGGGAAAGGAGCGUGGCUCAGGACGUGGUGCUGGCGGUGGACGCCGAGUACACCUACACUAACCCUGCCAUCAACCUGCUGACGUUGGCCAUGAUGAAGCUCUUCAACACUCCCACGCCCAUCGUCUGGAACACCUAUCAAGGAUACCUUAAAGCGGGGCGAGAAAAUCUCCGCCACGACCUGCGGCUGGUGAGCAGCCUUAAGGGCGUGGGUUUCGGCGCUAAGGUGGUGCGUGGAGCUUACCUGGAGCGCGAGAGGAGCCGGGCCCACGAGCUCGGCUACCCGGAUCCCGUGAACGAUACAUACAAGGACACGGGACUUGUCUACGACAGCAUGGUAGAGGUGAUGCUUCGGGAGAUCAAGGCCAACCCACGUUCUCGAUCCGUCAUCGUGGCUUCGCACAACGAGUCAUCGGUCAGAACCGCAGCACGAAAGCUAGAGGAACUGCAGCUGGACCCGCUUGCAGGAAAUGUGGUGUUUGGCCAGGUGUAUGGCAUGGCCGAGAACAUCUCCGUCCCGCUGGCUCGCUCCGGCUUCGUGGUAUACAAGUCGGUGCCGUACGGGAGCGUCGCGGAGGUCAUGCCGUACCUGUCGCGACGCGCCAACGAGAACCGCGCCGUGCUGAAGGGCGCGCGCAGAGAACGACAACUCCUCACCCAGGAAUUGCUUUCCAGAGUCAUCCCGAGUCGCUCGGCCCCGCCCCUUCAGUGACACAUGCAGGCUGAAGCCGCGGUCCUUUCAGGCUGUUCAUUACAUUCCUCUACCAUCAGCCUCGGGGCUGGUUAUGUUCCAGCACUUUCAUAGUUUUUAUUUUCGUUGUGAGUUUGGUUUGGGUUGGCACUUGGCAAAGGAUCGUCCGGCGGAAAGCUGGAUUGUCGUUGCUAUAGCUGCUGUUUUAGGGACAAAAUAUUUUCAUCUGUGACAUUUUGAAAUCGCUGAGAAGCAGCACCGCUUAAUACAUCUUGUACCUGGA